CUGGCCCAGCCCGAGGGUAGCAGCCCUGGGUAUGUGGUAUGCUACUACAGCUCCUGGGCUCAUUACAGGAAAGGGUUGGCUAAAUACACCGUCGAAGACAUACCAGUGGACCUCUGCACUCACCUGAUCUACGCCUUUGCCACGCUGGAUAGCAAGACAUACCUGGCGAAGCCUUUCGACACUUGGCUCGACGUCGACCUCAAAAACUACGAGAAGUUCGUGAAACUGAAGGAGAAAAACCCCAAGAUGAAGAUCCUCCUGGGUGUUGGAGGCUGGAACGACUCGAGAAGCACCAAGUACUCCACCAUGGUGGCCGACGCGAGCAAGAGGAGGAAGUUCGUGAAGGAAGUGGUCAAGUUAUUACUCGAAUAUGGGUUCGAUGGCCUCGACCUUGACUGGGAAUACCCAGGUUACGAAAGCAAACGAGAAGACAAAGAGGGAUUCACCCACUGGGUCGAGGACCUGAAGACGGCGCUGACGCCCCACGGGCUCCUGCUGACGACGGCAGUCAGCGCCAGCAGGAGGGUCAUCGACAGGGGGUACAACGUUCCCAAAAUCAUGAAGCAUCUGGACUUCAUUAACCUGAUGGCUUACGAUUUCCACGGGUCCUGGGAGAGGGUGGUGGCCCACCACUCUCCCCUAUACCCAGAACAAGGACAAAAUCCGGAAUUUAACGCCGAUUUCGCCGUGAAUUACUGGAUCCAGAAAGGUGCACCAGCUAGUAAGAUAGUGCUAGGUGUCCCGUUCUAUGGGAGGUCGUGGACUCUAGCUGGAUCUUCCAACACUCCUGGAUCUCCAGCCACGGGUGCUGGAAAAGCUGGAAAGUACGUCAAGGAGAGAGGACACAUGGCUUACUUCGAGUGCUGCCUGGCCCAACAGGAGGAUGGCUGGACCAAGGUAACAGGUGACGGUGGACCCUACUUGACGAAGGGUGACCAAUGGGUCGGUUAUGACGACAUUGAGGCUGUGGUUAAAAAGGCACAAUAUGCCCGCGACAAAGGCCUAGGGGGCAUCAUGGUCUGGGACACUGUGUCAGACGACUUCAACAAUGCCUGCGGACAGGGCCCCAACCCCCUUCUGACGGCUAUCUACAACACACUUCAAGGAAACCCUCCUCCUUCCACAAAACGCACUUCCGGCAACCCAGCCUCCCCUUCCAGGGAUCCUUCCAGCGACGCCGGCUCGCGACCGGGCGACUGGCCUCGAGCUUAUUCCUGGAAGCAACCCGCUGGAAGUGGGAAUGUGAUUGGGGGAGCCUCUGGCAGCAGCGUCAAGGGUUCGUCCAGUUUCGGAGGGGCCGCUUCUCAGGACAAUGAUCUCCCCUACGAGUGGUUGGCUUGGCCAAUCUUCAGCAACGUUCAGCAGAACAACAACGUCCAGACGACUACAGGAUCCCAUUUCGCCAGCCCUCCGCCAGCGUCUUCCACCAGAUUCAAUUCCUCGUCCACUCCGCGCUUUUCCAACAACCUGGGAGGAACAACAAACAAAGGAACAGCACCAGCAAACAGGGGAUCGAGUUCGUCUGGCUUUGGCUCAGGCCAAACAACGAAGCCGCCCUACGAGUGGUUGUCGUGGCCAGUCUUCAGCAAUGGACGUGACAACACGAACGUUCAGUCUAACAAUGGAUUUCAACCAGUUACUCCCCAGUCACUAGUUUCAUCUACCUCCUUUGGACUUCCUUCCCCUUCUCGGUUCUCUAACCAAGUGGGAGGAUCAACAAACAAAGGAACUAGUUCUGCUUCUGGCCCUGGGCAGACUAGCAACAAACAAUACUACGAUUGGCAAUCAUGGCCAAUCUUCAGCAGCACCGGCCAACAACAGCCUAGCCAGAACAGACAGUCUAGCUCUGGGCCACAGACAAUCACAGCAUCUCCUCCUCCUCCUCCUUCAGUUGUUUCUUCUUCUUCUGCCAUUUCUCUCUUCUCCUCUGGACUGGGAGGAGAAACAACGACUAAAACAACAGCAGGAUCUGCUGGGGUUGGUCUAGGGCAAACAACUAAAGCGCACUACGAUUGGCAGUCUUGGCCGAUCUUCAACCAAUCGCCAGGAGAUACCCAGAAUUCUAUAUCAAAUGCCCUCGGGUCGUCUUCAGUAGUUACCCCUCCAUCAUCCACUUCCGUUACGAAGAUCCCGUUUUCUACGACUUCCAGAUUUUCCUUCAUUUCAACUACAGCUAAACCGCUAAACAGAUUCGGGGUUGGCUCUACACAAACGACUAAGCCACCUUAUGAGUGGCUCUCAUGGCCAGUCUUCAGUGGCGCCCCCGAGAACAAUCGCAACUCCAUCCAGUCCACCAACACGAGAUCGAGUUCCUUCAGCGCCACUCCUGCAAAGCCCACUUCCUCUUCCUUCUCGAAAUUUCCCUCCCGGCUGAGGUCCAAGUUUUCGUCGGCGUCCUCUGCGGCGUCCUGGUUCGCCGACUGCAAGUCGGUGGGCUUCGCUCCUGACCCGGCAUCCUGCAGCGCCUUCUACAGGUGCACCGAUAAUCAUGCUUACAGAUUUGACUGCCCAGGUGGACUGCUAUGGCAACAAGACCAGUCCUCGUGUGACUGGCCAGAUGCUGUCCAGUGUAUACUGCCAGUCUCUAGACCCAAUAUUGCACCUUUUCUUGCCCCUGAAUCGCUAUCCUUGUAGCUUGCUUGCUUAGCUGUACAGAUUAGCAUAAAAACAGUAAGGCCUAGGAUUUAUGCCAUUAUAGUUAAAGAGUAAUAUCCGCAAUGUGUUUACAUAUUUAGUCGUCUAGAACAGUGCAAUAGACUUGCCACAAGAGAAUAUCACAAAAGGUUUCAGUUUGAAUUUAAUUACCACUUUGUAAGAAUGGCACUCAAGUACACUUAUUAUGGCA